AUGGAGAUGGUGGGACGUCCGCAAGGUGGCAUCGGAUUCGAGAGACUCGUCUGGGCACCUGACCCAGUUCAUGGGUAUGUUCUAGGUGACAUCGUUGAUAUUCGAAGCGACAGUCUAUCAAUUACACGACGUAAUGACGGCAAAACGGUGGAAGUGCGUGCCGAUGACGUUUUCCCAGCCGACGCCUCAAAAGACACGACAGUCGAUGACAAUUGUGCGUUGAUGUAUCUGAAUGAGGGCAGUCUACUCGAGAAUUCGAGGCGACGAUUCAUCAAUAAACAUCACAUUUAUACUUACGUGGCGAACAUCCUGAUCUCGAUCAACCCAUACGCGGACGUUCCGGAUCUGUACUCGACGAAAACGAUGGUGUCCUACCGAGGAAAAUCCAUUGGUCAACUACCGCCCCAUGUUUAUGCUAUCGCGGACAAAGCAUUCCGAGACAUGCGUCGCCACGGGAGAUCCCAGUCGAUACUUGUAUCUGGAGAAUCUGGAGCUGGAAAGACUGAGAGUCAGAAGGCCAUUCUCAGAUAUUUAUGCGAGAAUUGGGGACAGACGGCUGGACCUAUACAACAGAGACUACUCGAGACCAACCCAAUCCUGGAGGCUUUUGGCAACGCGAAAACGUCUCGCAACAACAAUAGUUCGAGAUUCGGGAAAUUUGUCGAGAUCCACUUUGACAAUAAGAAUUUGGUUACCGGAGGCCACGUCUCGCAUUACCUGCUGGAGAAAUCUCGAAUUUACCUGCGUCGCGGUUGCGUCGACUUUUUCGCACGGCCUGGCAAUGAAAGGGGAAUUAAUGCCGAUCGAUUGGCGCCGAAGGCCCAAACCCGUGUGGAUCCAAUUGUGGAUGACGCGGCAGAUUUCAAACGUCUCCUCUCUUGCCUCGAGAAAUGCGGCCUAAAUGAAGGAAUGAGAAAACAAGUGCUGAGUACGGUGGCCGGGGUGUUGCACCUCGGAAAUGUCGAUUUUGUGGCGGUGGAGGAGGGAGGAAAAGAUGGCAGUCGUGUCUCCCCGGGUGAAUCCGAGAAAUCAGCGAUUCGAGCGGCUGGAAUGUUUGGUAUCGAUGUUCAGCAGCUUCGUCUUGCCCUUACCACUCGUGCAAUGCAGCCAUCCAGGGGAGGAAUGAAAGGAACACUCAUACUGGUGCCGCUGAAGCCGGCUGAAGCAUCCGCUGCCAGAGAUGCCCUCGCAAAGGCCAUCUACUCGAGACUGUUCGACUGGAUUGUGGCUACGAUUAAUAAGAGCAUCCCGUUCACCAAUUCUCACAACUACAUUGGCGUGCUGGAUAUUGCCGGAUUUGAAUACUUCACGAUCAACUCGUUCGAGCAGUUCUGCAUCAACUACUGCAACGAGAAACUGCAGAAUUUCUUCAACGAGAGAAUUCUGAAGGAAGAACAGGAAUUGUAUGCAAAAGAGGGACUCGGGGUGGACAGGAUCGAAUUUGCUGACAAUCAGGAUUGUAUUGAUCUGUUCGAGAAGAAGGGGAGUGGAAUGCUGGAUCUGCUGGAUGAAGAGAUGAGGCUCCCCAAGCCACUCUCCGCCCAUUUCACCCAAAACGUACACCAAGCUAAUCAGAAGCAUUUUCGGCUGGAUACGCCCCGAAAAUCCCUGCUAAAGGAGCAUCGCGGAAUGCGAGACGAAGACGGCCUUCUCGUCCGCCAUUUUGCCGGUACCGUAUGCUAUCAAACGGCCGGUUUCCUCGAAAAGAAUAACGACGCCUUGCACGCGUCGUUGGAAGCUGUAAUGGAGAUGAGCGAAAUGCCGGUGAUGAAGCUGCUCUUCGCGCCGCCUGCGACAUCUGAGGCAACAGUGCCAAGUCGUACCCGCCUGAUCGUUCCCUCCGUUGGCUCCAAAUUCCGCUCGCAACUCGCGCAGCUCAUCGAGAAAUUGGCAUUAACGGGAAAGGAGGGCAUGUUCAAGGAUGCGGUCACGAACUGCAUGGUU